ACAUUAUUGAACGUCACAGUGCCGCAGCAUGGUUCGCCUUUCUGCCUUCGCGGUUUGCCUAGUGGAGCUCCUUGUCCAUGCAAGUUCAUAUUGCACCGCCUUCGACGACGCCGGUUGCAGUGGCCAGAGCGUCGUCAGAGACAGCAGCAUUUGGAAGGCAGCUCCAGACAAGUAUGACCAACCUGGUGGACCUGAAGGUUUGACCACUAUGACUCAGCUGAACAACAUCAUCAUGGGCCAUGCUGCCACGCAAAUCAUCCUGGCCGGAAGUCAACUUGGACUUUUCGAGUUCUUGCAUGAGAAUGGCCCACAGACCAAAGGCACUAUUGAGGAGGCUUUGGGGCUGAAGCGAAGCGAUGGCAGCACUCGGCCCAUUGAAGUGUUGUUGCUGGGAAGCACGUCGAUUGGCCUCACCGUCUUGGACAAGAGAGAGAAGACCUAUCGCAAUUGCGAGAUCAUCGACAGGCUUUUCACGACUGGUGGCUGGAGGUCCAUAGCGGAUCUGAUUGACCUGGAAGCCAUCAUCAAAUACAAGGGUGAGUUUCACUUUGUUGAAUCUUUGCGUAAAGAUACCAAUGUGGGACUACAAGAGUGGCCCGGGGCUGCAGACAAUCUCUAUUCACGCCUUCCACAAACCCCCGGAGCCCAGAAGAUCUUCUACGACUUGAUGAAUUCCUUCACUGCGUUCUCCAUUCCAUGCUUGUCGAAUACUUCCAAAGUGGCCGCGACCAGCUUUAAGCUGCUUGAUGUCGGUGGCGGCGCAGCCGUUGCGGCCAUUCAUCUUGCGAAGAAGUUCCAGCAACUCUCGAUCACCUUGUGGGACCAACAUGAAACAAUUGAGAUUCCGAUGAAUCACAUCACCAAGGCUGGUUUGAAAGGGCGCAUCAGCUUGCUCGCUGGCAGCUUCAUCACAGAUCCCUUCCCUGAAGCUGGAAGUCAUGAUGCUGUCCUGUUGAGCCAUCAAGCGGUUAUUUGGUCAAAAUCGGUGCUGUUGAUGAUCUUCAAGUGUGUGCUGAAUUCUUCGAUGAUGCGUGGCUUUCACUAUGCUGAGAUUGUCACCGAAUUCUACAAGCGCUUUGACAAGACGCAGAUACUUCUUGUCAAGUUCGAGGACUUGGUCAAGGACACCGAGAAGACGGUGAGGCAAAUCUUUGAUUUCCUAUGUGUGGACUCCACUGUCCCACUUCCUUCCUUGAACAAAAUCCAGCCGGAGGAUGUGCUGGACAUUGCCAUGGGCGAACAUACUUCUACCGUCUCAGAUUCUGAGAAGAAGCUGCUGCAAGAGUAUUUUCAUGAUCGGAAUCAGAAAUUCUCAGAAGUGAUGGGCUUGCCAAUUGGAGAACUAUUUUGUUGGUCAAUGCCAAAGAAGUGACGUUCGAAUGAACUUGCACGCGCAUGUCCCUCAAAGAGCGAAGUUUGGCUGGAUGUGUUUUUCCUCAUUUUAGGACAUUGCAGAGCAUGUUGCUUCGUGGAGCGAUUCUGUUUUUGCCACAUAUGUUUUUCUUGGCCGCAGUUGCGCAGUCCAGCAAUGCUCAGAGUGAUGCUCUUGAGCUUUGCCAUGGUUUAUCCUACUUUGUGGAGCUGAUGAGGCUGAGCAUAUGGACUCACCAACUUCUGGGAUCCACUCUUGCUCUCUCGCUCUCAGCGCUUUGCUACGCAAAGUUCCACCUUUGGCUCUGGAGGCAUUUGCAUCGAUGCUUCCCAGCUCGUCGAGCUAGCUGCCCGAAGCCAUGCUUGUCAGCGGGCGCCCACAAAUUGACGCUACAAACUUUAUGGAGGAUCGCUACGAGCCCUAUGAGGAGGCUGCCCGAUGUGUAUAUCGUUGGCGCUGCGAAGUGUGGAACAAGCGCAUUGUACUCCUACCUUUGCCUCCACCCAGGCCACCAUGACAAGCUAGGUUUGCAACUCAACACUUUAGCUUGCCACAAGACAAGCUUGCUUAGCCAGGAAUUUCUCCGCCUGCGGCCAAAGAGUCUCGAUUUCUGCACGGCGUUUAUGGGUUGCAAUUAUCACGGUUUUCACCUUGGGCUUAUCGUUCUUGCUUUCCAAUCUCCUCGCGUUUGACGUUCGACGCUGACCCUUCCCUGUGUUUGAUGCCAGAGCUCGCAGCUGCCUUUAUCAAGUGGAUGACGCCGAAGGUGGGCAAAGUCAAUAUUGAUUGCGCUGGUUUGCAAAAUCAUCGUGACCUGUUGUUCGACAG